AUGGCCGGAACAGAACCACCUGAUGUCACAGCUGAAACCGGAGGUGCAUAUGAAGAGGAUCUGGAACAUGACUUUCCGGUAUUCCCAGGCACCCUCCUCGGGUCCGACCACAGGAUACUGGACUUCCUCGGUGAAGGUGGCUUUGGCUACGUUGCCAAAUGCAAGAACACUCGAACCAAGAUAUCAGUGGCGGUUAAAAUAUGCAAAAACCACCCCACAGUCAUCCGGCAGGCCCAGGAAGAGCUGGCAGUCCUGACGAGCCUGCAGACUCUAGAUCCAGACGAAUCCGGCAUUGUUAGAUGGCUUGGCUCCUUCUUUCAUGAGGAGCGUAUAUGCUUGGAAUUCGAACUUCUGGACCAGAGUCUCUUUGACUUCAUGGAGCAGAGACGUAACAAGCCUCUGCCAAUGAAGGAACUCCGGCCAGUUGUGCGCCAGUUAACCACAGCGUUAGCACAUCUGGAGUCAGCUGGCAUCAUACAUGCUGACAUAAAGCCGGAGAACAUCAUGGUCGUGGACCGGCGGCAGCUGCCCCUGAAAGUCAAACUCAUAGACUUUGGUAUGGCCAGCCACGUGGCCGCUGUCGCGCCGGGCUCCUGUGUGCCGAGUCUCUGGUACAGGGCUCCAGAAGUCACACUGGGCCUGACCGUCUCAGAGGCCCUCGACGUCUGGUCUCUGGGUCUUGUGACGGCUGAACUGGCUCUGGGCAAUCCUCUGUAUCCCGCUGAGCACGAGUACGACCUGAUGAGAUUCAUUGUCGAGACGCAGGGUCAGCCAGCAGAUUAUCUGCUCGACAGUGGAUCGAAAAGCACACGCUUCUUCCGCAAAAACGCUGAGCAACCGUGUGCGAAUCCCUGGAGACUUAAGUCUUCGGAGGAGUUUUCCACUGAGACUGGGUAUCGUAGUGAGGAAACCAGAUUCUUCACUCUCAGCUCUUUGGAUGACAUUGAGCAUGUGGGCGCUCAGCUGAUGCCGAGAGACACAGAGGGGCGACGGGAGCUGCGCGAACUGACAGAGCUGGUACAGAAGAUGCUACAGCUCAGCGCUGGCGAGCGCAUCAAACCCGCUCAGGUGCUGCAGCAUCCGUUUUUCUGUGCUGACCUGCUCAGUGACGGCAG